AAAUAAAUUCAUUGGCGUAAAAACGUAGUAGUUGAAUCGUUCAAAUUAACUUUCCUGAUUAGGUUCAACAUUUUCAAGCUAUACAAUGAAAUCGAAUAUAGUUGAUACUUUUAACAACAAUACUAUAUUAAUCACUGGAAGCACAGGAUUUUUAGGAAAAUUAUUGAUGGAAAAAUUGCUCAGAACAUGUCCAGGAAUAACAAAUAUCGUUGUAAUAAUAAGAAGUAAAAAAAACUCGAGUGCGGAUAAUAGAGUAUUGGAAAUGUGUAAAGGAACCGUAUUCGACCGACUACGAAAAGAAAAUCCAGAUUUCAUGAGCAAGAUAAAAGUUUUUAACGGAGAUUUACAAAACCCGUUAUUAAAUUUAUCUCAAAUUAAUCUGGAUUGGAUAGUGACUAAUGUCAAUUUCAUUUUUCAUUGUGCUGCUACAUUGAAUUUUGAUGAACCUAUAAAAAAAGCAACACAAAUUAACGUGGAAGGAACGGAACAGCUAUUGAAUAUUGCCACUCAAAUGAAAAAUUUAAAAGGGUUUAUUCACGUAUCUACUGCAUAUUCACACUGUCCAAGACAAAAAAUUGAUGAAGAAUUUUAUCCCAUGGAAAUAACCACAGAAGAUUUAAAACUCCAUGUAAAAAAUAGUAACAAAGAAAUUGAAAUACAGAAAUUUUGGCCCAACACAUACACAUUUACAAAAGCAAUAACUGAAAAUUUGGUUAAAACUUAUAGUGAAAGACUCCCUGUAGGAAUUUUCCGUCCAUCAAUCGUGGGGAGCACUUUUAAAGAACCUAUUCCAGGCUACUUAGAAAAUAUGAAUGGCCCAUCAGGCAUAACAGCAGGUUUAGUUAUAGGUUUUCUUAGAGCUUUUCCAUGCAAAUUAAAUAAUGUGGCCGAUCUAAUACCAGCAGACUACACGGUAAACGCUUUGAUAACAUCUAUGUGGGAUACAGCUAAUAGAUAUCAAAACUCGGUCUCAGAUAAGCCAAAAAUAUACAAUUAUGUUUCAUCAACCGUUAGUCCAUUAACUUGGGAGCGCCUUUUGAGUGAGAUAAAACAAAAUUAUUACACAGCUCCUCCAAAUUAUGCUUUUUGGUACGGGAUUUUCUAUACCUAUGACAAUGAAUGGCUGGGAAAAUUUUUAUGGUUCUUUUUACAUUGGAUACCAGGAAUCAUAUUUGAUUGUAUGCUCUUAUUAGCUGGAAAAAGUAUGAGAUUUUGCAAAAUGUAUACAAAAGCAAACAAAAUGAUGAAAGCUUUAGGUCCAUUUUCAAUAUCACAAUGGAAAUUUAAAAACAAAAAUACACAAAAAAUAUGGUCUUUACUAAGCGAAGAAGACCAAAAGUUAUUUUUUUUCAAUAUGGAACAUUUUGACUGGAGUUCAUUUAUACAAACCUUUUAUUUUGGAGUAAGAAGUAAUAUUUUACACGAAAAUAAACACAAUAUUCCGGAUGCAUUGAAAAAACAUAAGAGAUUAUAUUAUCUACAUAUGUUUACGUUGUUCCUAUUGACUUAUGUAUUUUAUUUUUUGGUGAGUACAACUUUUGGACUUAAUUUUUUUGGAUUUUAGUUACCAUAACUAUAGCUACGAUGUAAUUUCAGCAAUACAAUUGUAAUAUAUAAAAAUACGUUGAAUUUUAGUUUAAUAAUUUUUAGUUAAUUUAUAAUUUAAUGAACAUAAAUUGUUAAAAUAAAAAUUUAAUAAAAUCAAAAAUUUUAAAACCUGCCUUUUAUUUAUUAUUAAAAUAACAUUUUAUAUAUUUCUAAGACUUGAGAAAAAUUAAUUUAAGAGUCUAAGAUUGUUUUCUUAUUUUACAUCAUGUGAAUUUAAUGAAAAGAAUAUAAUAUAAUAUAAAUAUAAUUUAUGGAUAGAUAUAUAUCAUAUAAACAACUAAAAUAUUUUCAGACUAAAGAAAUAAUUAUUUCAGCUCUUUUAACUUUUUUUUUUUUUUAUAUAUACAAUAUAAUUAUUCUAUUAACCCUACUAUAGUGUUAAAUUCUUAAAUGCACAAACCCCCUUAGUGUUGGUACUAUUAACCGUUUUACUUAAUUAUUCUUCGUCUUUAUCCAGACUACUUGUGGUUGGCCACCUUUAUCCUAAACUUCUAUUUAACUUUUACUUUAUUACUGUGUAAUAUUAAAUAAUAUAAAUGAUUAAUGUUACCUCGAUGUGUAUAUGUAAUUAUUUAUUACAGUGUUUAAGAGUUAUAUUUAAGUAUUAAUUACUGUAUACUAGAGCAUUAUUAAAUAUCAGUUGUACAAAAACACUCUUCCUUUCAAAUAUUGUCUUAAUAUGCCCAAUACUUUGCACUGUUAAUAAAUGUUCAAUUUAUCUGUCAUGAAAUUUACACUGUUGUACACUAGUAAUUAUAUAAGUAUAAACGUGUUAUAUUGUUCAUUUUAAACUAUGUAUUUUAUCAUAUAAUAAGUAUCAUUGUAUGUUUAAUUUAAUACAAUAAUCUGAAUUAUUAAUAAUAUACAAAAGCUUAGUUCUA